AGAGGUGAGGUUAUAAUCUAAAAUGUCCAGUUUGUCUCUUAUUUUUCGGGGAUUGCAACUCUCCUGUAGGGCAGCAAAAACUCCAAAUGUAUUCCAGGUGCGUGAGAAAUUCCUGUGGAACAUUAAUCUACCGAAACCUGGAAAGGGAAAAGCGUUCCGUAGGAUUGUUCAUUACCCGGAAGAAUAUACGGUAAAACCCUUAGAAGUAACCAACUUGGCAGGAAGAGAUCCCAUUACGGGACGAGUUGUUGCCAAAGGUAUUGGCGGUGGAAUAAAACACAAGUAUCAUUGGAUAAAAUGGGAACGAGAUGGACCAUUAGAAGGGGCGCCACAGGUUGAAAAAGUUCUCGAUGUUCUAUUCGAUGGCUGCCGGACCGCCAAGGUAGCCCUAGUGGGGGUAGGAGAUGAAUUAAAGUAUAUUCUUGCUACGGAGAACAUGAAACCCGGAGAUAUAAUCAAGACUUCAAGGGUUAUUCCAAGGAUACCCGUCAGAGCAAACGAGGGAGAUGCUUACCCAUUGGGUGCCUUGCCUCUGCACACCCAAGUUCAUUGUGUGGAAAAAUAUCCAGGCAUGCCGUGUCAUCUAAUUCAUGCAGCAGGAACCUUUGGAACGAUUGUGCGGAAAUUUGAUGAUCAUGUCGUGGUGCAGAUGCCAUCAAAGCGCGAAUUGGCCUUUAAGCAAACCUGUAUGGCCACUGUGGGAAGAGUUUCGAAUGUCAAUCACAACAAGGAACAUGUUGGAUCAGCACAGAGGAAGCGAGAGCUAGGUUACCGACCCCGAUCUGGAUUAUGGCAUCGUAAAGAUGGUAGACACGGCAGAAAAAUACGCCCACUUCCGCCUAUGAGAAUAAUUGGAUCUCCCAAGCCCAGUGAUCCACCAUUAAUACGUCUUACAUUGCCCAACAUGAAUAUGAAGAGAGAAAGCCGGAACCGCCCGAAUGGGCACGUUAGCAUCCAUGGAUGAAAAGGUAAAAUAAAAUCUUCGUUCAAGUAGUAGUUAAGAA